GAUAAAAUAAUUUGUUUUCCCUUGACUGAUGCUGUUUGAAGUUACGAGUGGGAUUAACUUAAAUAGCAUACAAGCGAACCGUGGAAAAUAGGACCGUAGAAGACUAUCACUGUGCCGCUGUUUCAAAAUUCUUCCCAGUUAUACAUGUAUUUCCUCAACUGUGGCUGAAGAACUCAAGAGCAAUAUUAAUAUUGUGACAUAGGCAAGGGUAUACUCAACAAAAUGAAAUUUAUCAACCAGGAAAAUUUGAAAGGAAUAGAAACCAAAAUAUCGCGAGAAAUCUGUCUUCCCGGCGAGUAGUUUAUUCAGCUAUUAAUGGCUUGGUAUUACGGAGUGAAUAACUCGGACCUGUAUGGAUCGAAUUUCUCGACUGUCCUUGCAGAUGCUCCGCCACCUCUUGACGACACAUUCGACGAAGAUGACAAUGAAAUCGUUUUCCGAAACGAUGUAAACAAAUCAAAGAAGUAUGGCGAGAAACCUGUUGCAUCGCCAGUGAAGAAGACCCGGUCAAGCGAAGAAAAAUUCACGGAGAAAUCAAAAUUAGGUGGCAGUGUUCAAAAGGCCAAAAAUGAACACGACACGGAAGAAGGCGACGAAGAGUCAGAUUUCGGGGACUUUGCUAGUUUUGCGGAUUUUGGCUCAGCUUUUGGACAAGGCAAUGGCAGUGGUGAAUCGCGAGACUGGUUCACUGGUCAUGACAAUAGUGAAAAAUCUCUCCAAUCUUGGGAUGCAAAAAGCAGCCAACAAGGUCCUUCUAAUAAUGUGGAAAAUGGUGUCGAUGACGCCGACUUUGCUGCAUUUCAGACAAAUGAAGACAGUGUAAAUAUACAGGAAAGCUUACCUAAUGGGAGUUCUCAUCAGGGAAAUUCAGACAGUGAUUGGGUUAAUAAAAGUGCACUUACAAAUAGUAGCAUUAAUGGCAGUUAUGACUUAGAAUCUGAUGACGACUUUGGUGAUUUUGCAACCACAGAGAAUGCUAUCACCAACCCUGGAGUGACUGCAGUGAAAGAUGUUGACAAUGGAGAAACAGCUGAUAAGAAAUCAGUUGCCCAUCAUGGAGAUUCAACCAUGGAUGUCAAUACAAAGGCAUUGUUUCAUGACGAUAGUAAAAAGGACUGUGACAUUCUAAAGGAAUCAUUGUCUGAACAGAACAACGAGUUUAAAACAGAGAAGGACACUGCUCCAGAUGUGUCCUCAGAGAGAUUUUUAGGUUUUGUUGGUAGUAAUCGUGGAGAUCAAGAAUCAAUACAGCUGGAUAGCUUAUCGGCAGAAGCGACCAGUAGUGAAAUCCCUACAACUGUAUUGGCUGACACCGAGGAAGGAGCUCAUACUAAUAGUGUGUCUUCCGGAAGCACUAGGAUAAAACAAUCUACUAAUGGGGAACAACUAACUGGGAAAAAGUGCAACACCGUGGACUCACAGAAUUAUACCACCCUUGAAAAGGAUGCAGCCAAGUUAUCGCCAGAACCUUCUGAAUUGUGUAACGGCGAUGAUUUUGGAGAAUUUGCUGACUGUAAUGACAUGCCUUUACAACAAUCUAGUGGUCGUAAUGAAUUUGUGCAAAAAGACAUUUUACCAGUAGCACCUGAAGGGGAAAAUGACGAAGUUGUGAAGGGUGAUUCUUCAUUUGUUGGAACUGCAUCCACAAGAAAUAAAUAUUAUAGUGAUGAUGAUGAUGAUUUUGGGGAUUUUGGCUCUUUUGAAAAGAAACAUGGUAAAAAAGAUGAGACAUCAAGUGAUUCCAUUACAGUUGAUGCCAAACUAACUGAAUCAAAAGUUAAUAAUGAUCCUUUUGUUGCUAAAGCAUCAGCUAUACAGGAUAAGGACACUGACAAUGAUUUUGGAGAUUUUGGUGCAUUUGAAGUAAACCACAGUGAAAAAGAAGAAAGAACUGGCAGUGUUGAUUCCGAGCCCAAACCUAUGUCUAAUCAAGAAAAGGAUAAAGAUGAUUUUGGAGGUUUUGGUGCCUUUGAUUCAUUCAGCAGUGAUACUCGUGAGGAUAAGGACCAGAAUAACAGCAUUGGGAGUUGUAGUGCUUCAGAUUUAGAAGAAAAACCACUCCAAAUUGAAGGUCAAAACAGUGAUGAUUUUGGAGAUUUUGAUUCAUUUAGACCAAGUGCCAUGAAUUCUCAAAAAGGGUGUGAUGGCAGUAGUGCUAACACUGAGACUUUUGGCAGUUUUGAGUCAAAUAUCAAAGAUUCUCAAAAAAAAGACAAUGAAAGGUCAAAAGACUUUGGAGAUUUUGGAACUUUUGAGUCAAGUGUAGAAAAUUCUCUAAAUAAUGGUCAAUGUAAUGAUGACUUUGGAGGUUUUGAUGGUAAUAAAUCAAAUACCAAACGCGUUCAGGAGAAGGAUGAAAAUACUGACGAUUUUGGAGAUUUUGGAAGUUUUGAGACAAAUGCCAAAGAUUCUGAAAGGCAUAAUGAAAAUGGUGAUGACUUUGGGGAUUUUGGAAGUUUUGAAUCAAAUACCAAGGAUUUUGGACAAGAUGCCCAGUCUGGCUUUGGAGAUUUUGGUGCAUUUAAGUCCCGGGAUUCCAUUAAAAAGGAUGGUGGUGAUGAUGAUUGUGGAGAUUUUGGUGGUUUUGAGACAGUAGAAGAAAGAGUUUCAGAACAAAAAUUUGAAGGUUUUAAAGCUUCCAAUACCAAAGGCGAACUGAAGCAAAACAUCCAAACAAAUGAAUUUGGUGCAUUUGACUCCAAAUCAAAGAAUUUAAGUACUGCUAAACAAACUGAUGAUGACUUUGGGGAUUUCAGUCAUGGAAAGGAAAACAAGUCUGGUGGUUUUGCUUCAUUCUCAAGCUCUAACUCUAACUUGACAGCUAGUUUAGGUGCUUCCACUGACAAAAACACAAGAAUAAAGCAACAAAAAACAGAAAUACUGCAACAUUUCAGCCCUAGCGUCAAUUUUAUGAUCAAGCAGGCGAGAGAUUCUAUUUCUGUGUGUUUUACCUCACAACUGAAAAACAAGUUCAAUUCACAGUGUACCAUUUUAUCCUCUCGUGUUGGGAAAAGUUUACACAGGUAAGAUGAAUGUGUAGAGUUGUCUUCUUGAAGAGUAAUGAAAGCUGUCACUAGCUUUGACUAGAGAAACAAAGACGCUUACCCCUGAAAGAGGGGAGGGGGGCUACUCCAGAGUUAAAGUGAUGGAGAUAAUCAAAAGAGGGCAAAAUCAAACCCCAAAAAAAUCUCCGGGGCUUGUAACGAAACCCAAAAAAUCCCCUUGACCAAGAGUUAACCUGCAAGAAAUCCUAUGCUGUAUUACUGAGCCAUAAAAUUUUUCCAUAAAGAACUAAAAGUAUAUAACAUUUCAAAAAUAAGUAGAAAUUGAAUGUUUGUGUUUUUUUAUUGCAAUGCUGGCUAAGGCAUGCAGCACUACACUAAUCUUUAGAUUAGUUUAAAUACCCCCCAGAACCCUACUUAAAUCAAUUUUCCUGCCCAAAAAGUUCCUAAAAAUGAGGAAAACCUCAAGCCCCCCAAAAUCCUUUGAUCAUCCCUGUCAGUUCCCCCUCCCUUCUUUUCAGGAAGUUUACAUUGUUUUAACUGGUUAAAGCUAUGAAGACAAUGAGGUCUAUGUUAACCCUUUAAGUCCCAAUAGUGACCAACAGCAAAUUUCUCCUAAUGAUAUCCAUACAUUGUCAUGAGAUUAGGUUAUGAGAAUUAAUAAAAUGAUCAACUCAGAGAAAAUACUUUGAUCUUUUAUCAAUUUCUCUUAACUAAUUCUUAAAGGAAAUGUAUAGAGAUCAGUUUGGAGAAUUUGUAUGUGGAUAUUAGGGCUUAAAGGGUUAAUGGGCAUUUCUAUAGGAUGGAUACCCCCCUGAAAUAGACAACAUGAGUUACCAUUAGCAUUCUUCUAGUGAAAUGAAAAUUUGCUUGCCUGGUAGGAAAUUCUACUUGUUUAUGUCCCAGACAACCAGACGGCACUUUUUGAUCCCUGUAAAGGGGACACUAGCUGUUACAUAAUGUUUCUCUAGUGCUCAAGAAAAUUAUUUUGACUGUGUUUCAGGUUGAUACUGUACCUACUUUAUACAUAGAAAGUGUUCAUUUUCUUACAUGUAAGACAUAUAUAAUAUUUUUUGCUUCAGCAACAAAGAACUAUGGCAACAUCUUGAGCAUGCAGAAAAUGAGGGCCAAAUUCUGUUCAGCUGGUCUAAUUCUUUUAGCCAGCACAAGAAGUUUUUGUCACUGUGUAUCUGCCCAGAGAGACCUCCCCCUCUUCAGGUAAUUAUUAGUGAGCUUACGCAACAGGACGGGAGAGGUAAGAAGACGGCAAACCUUGUGUGACAAGCGUGACAAUAAUUUUGUUUGAAAAACUUGUCCGCCGAACUUCACCCUCCUUUAAACAGGUCUUUUUGUAAAAGACCAGGAAAGAUUAUCUUAACAAUAAGUGAAGAUCACCACAAAAAAUGCUCAAGUAAUAGGCCUGUAACGUUUGUAACACACAAGCAUUUUGCCAUCCUCUUCUUUUUGCUGUCUUGUUGCAAAAACUCACUAUUUACUGGCAAGUGCAUCUUUAAAAAAUAAUUAUCAUUAACUGUUAAGUGGUAAUUUAAUUAAGUAAUUAAUUAACUAAAUGUAUUAAUCUUUUGAUAGUUAUGUUACAUUAUCAGUCCAUUUCACCUCAAGGCUGCCAAGUACAAAGAUAGACAGAUUUAGAAACAACAUUACAAUGGAAAAUUCGAAAUAAAAGGUCCACGGAAAGGAGUGAAUGCUACUUUCAAUGACUGAUUUUCCACUUGCCAUUAGUCAAAAUGAUUGUUGAAACUGUGUAUGCUGUUAUCACUGCCACUGCAUUUUCAUGUUGUAAAUCUGCCUAAUACCCAUUAAAAUCCAAUGAAAAUAUACAGUGCAGCUCAGAGAUAAGCAUUACCCCUACCACCACCUGCAAUAAAUUCAUUCAUUUUAUGACAAAAAUAUAAAUAGCACCAUACUGUAGAAAAGUACCACCAGGUACAUUAGCAAACCUCUCCUUCAUGGCAGAAUAACCCUCUAAAACUUUUUUUUUCAUUCUAGGUGGGGUCAAUGUUAAAACCGAUAGUGUCAUCACAGUUCCCACCUUUUGGAGGAGGACAAGUAAGUUACUAGUCAUAAGAUUAUUGAGUCUCAUCUUCAUUGUCAAGAUUAUUGACAUGAUAAAAAAAAAAAUCACAAUGUCAUACACAUAUCCCACAUAUUUUAUCAUUUGCAAACCCAAUCUGGUGAGCUUGUAACUUCCUGCAGGCAUUUGUGCAAAUUUCUUCGUAGCAGCUUUACAUUUUCCAUGGCCGCAUAAUAAUUUUUAGUUAAAUUUGAGUGUGCAUUUGUAGUUGUAGUGUGUGUUAUAACAAACCUUUUGUUGGCAAUUUUAUCUGAGGAGGGUCGCACAUGCCAUGUGGUACGAAACUAAGUAGUAAUAAAAAUGCCAAGUUGGAUCUCACGUUGACACCAGAUAACCUAUAUUAUCCCAUACAUGUAUAUCUUUCUCAUUUUGCACAUGCAUGUAUCAAUUAACAAACAUAUCAUACCACUCUCAUAUGAUUCAGUUAAAUGAAAAAUAUAACAAAGGUAACCACUAUGAGCUUACGAGUCUCGGCCGGUCAGCAGUCAAAUUCACAAGUGCAGGCUCACAUGGAAUGUUGUUGCUUUGUCACAAUCAGGAUCGUCAAGUUUCUUUAGUGGUUUUCAUAGCGGCUGUGAUGUCUUUGAGCGGCUUAUAUUCAUUCUAUGUCCCCUUCCACUGAUUCAUCAGUGUGAUGAGUGGGAAUGGGAGCCAUUGCUGGUCUGCAGGGAUUUGCCAGCCAUGGGGGCAGAUUCUAUCUAGCUGCUGGCUUGCUACAGUGGAGCCCUAUGGAUGGCCCAGGCACCCACCCUCGAUUUAGCAAGGCAGCCAGUUAAUUAUACAGGCAGUCUAUGGUCACUUCUGUGGUAUAACAUAAAUUAAUUGUAAUGUGUGGGAUCUAUUCACAGCCUGGAGCACUGUUGAUGCCUGCCCCAGUGAGCAAAAUGCCACAGUUUACAUCUGAAUUGGUAAGUUCGGGCUAACUUAUUAUACAUUUUGUAUUUUCUCACAAUACUGUAUAUCAGGUAUUUUGAGUCACAGGAUCGUUUCCUGUAAGCUCUUUACAUUCUUACAAUAUUCAUGAGCUCACUAAGUAAUGAGGUCUAACCGUCUCUUGUUUUAGAAUUAGAGGACCAUGGCUUUCUUUUCCAAAGUUGCAGUUUCCAGUGGUUAAAAAGCAAUCAAGACUGUUGCUUUUCUCUUUUGCAUAAAGAGUUACUAAGUGAUGACAGGGUACAAAGAAAAUCAUUUUUACAGCUUGCCAUUUGGGCAAGCUGAAGCUAGCAUUUACUAGCCCAGAUGUCAUUUCAACUAGCCCCAAAAACUUUUUGACUAGCAGAAUUGAUUUCAUAGUUCUUCUGUUAAUAUUCGAAUUCCUCAAAAAAUAUCACUUGCCCAUUGGGCAAGUUUAAAACAGAAUUCACUAGCCCGAUAGCAAAAUCCACUAGCCCUGGGCUCUCAGACACUACUUUCUUUGAAGGCUGGAUGAUUUAUUUUUUGCUUUUUUUUUUUCCUUUUGGGUUAAGGAUUUUUGGAGCCUCUGAAGGGAUCACAGGCGGCAGUGCAAUCCCCACUUCAGAGCAAGGAAUCUAUGCAAGGUUCAAGUCAUCCUAUGGCCCUCCCUGACCUUAGUGUAAGUGUGAACAGAGUUGUUUUUAAAAUUGCCCCAUCACUAAUCGGGUGGUGGCAGUGUUUACUUCCGUUAAGUUCUGAUAGGUCAUGUCAAAAACAGAAAGCUACUUUUUGUGAAAGGUUUGAACCCAGGAGUCAUUUUAUAAAUUGAUGGAGCAUGAUCAUCCACAUGAUCGUGGUCCUGAACAGGACUGUUGUUGGCAACCCAGGCUAGUAUCACAGGCCAGUAGAAGUGUGUUUACCUAAUGGUAUCGGUAUUCAGCCUGUUGCUGUUGAAUUUUAAAAGCUGUUUGUUUCUGUUUUCAGUUUAUAAUGGGCAACAGCCUAAAGCGCACAUCUUCAAAACCAGGUAAGCGAGUCAAUUAAGUUUAAAUGUGUAGGAUGCAACAGUUUUUUGUGUCUUCUUAACCAGACUUUCCAACUCUGAAGAUACAGCUUUUGAAGUUACUAGAAGCAAUCAGGUUUGCAUAGUUCAUCAAGACUGCUUUAUAUGUAUGAGGCAACUUGUGUGAUAGCCCUUAAAAUGUCAGCUUUUGAAUCUGUACAAUUUACGUUUAGAACUCAGUUAAUAAACCAAACUUUUUUAUUGUCCCACCAAUGCAGUACCUCAGUUUCUUGUGAAAUUAAUUCCUUUAUUCAUAAGACUCUGCAGGAUGGAUAGGGUCAUGCUGUUUUUAAUUUAAUGGUUAAAAAAGUAUUGAGCUGUUAAUUCAUCACUAGUCAGUGAUGAAGGUAUGCAUUUUCAUUAUUGCAGAAAUUGCUGGAAAAACCUAUAAUAGCAAGCAAUAGGAGACACCUCCAGUAGUAUAACCUAACAAUAUCUGAUUUAUGAAAAGUAUUAGAGUUUUACUGUCAAACUGAAAAAAGCAUGAACAUCUGAAAUAAUAUUUUGAGGGAUGUUUAUUGUCCUGUAACCAAUCAAAACAAAGAUUGGGACACGCAAGCAAGCCACAAAACCACAAACUAAUAACUGUUGUUGCUCCUGGUUGAGUUUUCUCAUGCCUCACAAUAACAUUCCAUAAAUAUUUUUGGGCUCUUUGAGUUUUGCGGCAAAUGGUCCUUCUAAGUUUUUCAUUGUUUAGACUUGUAGCAGAAACUUGGUAGUAAAACUAUUAGUAGAGCUCUACAUGUGCGCAAACAAGGGGAGUCCCAUACCUUAGAAAAAUUGGUUAUCUAUCCAUCUGAGAAAUUUGGGUUAUCAUGUGACCGUACGCCCAUCCACCAGUUCGUCCACACCACAGGGCACCCAAUGUGAAAUGUCAAAUUUUCUAGCUAGUGUGGAAGCUCGUUACCUGUGUUAACCUGAUAAUAGACAUCCAUGUUAUGGUUAAUUGAUCAGUGUCAAAAAAAUGUAUCCGCUGACCAGUGUCACAUGAUGGUAUCGUGGGCUCAGGUGCCAACUCAUUGAAGUCACAUGUUUUUUGAAGUUUUCCGCUGACCAGUUGUUAGCUUUUAAUUGAUCACAGGCUCAAAUUUAUGUUUUUCAGUUGUAUGGUUUUCACAUAAAGUUAAGUAUAGAUUUGUGGUCUUUUCAAUAGUUUAAAAGUCCAUUCUCUGCAGUAAAUUUAAAAUGCAUAAACAGGAGCUUCACUUUUAGCUCUGGCUAAAUCUAUAAUUAGUAUGUGCUUGCUUCUCUUAUAACUCUGCAGUGAAUAAGGACUUCUGACUAGAUAAGUUAAGAUAGUAUAUUAGGUACAUUUUUAGCUAAAACACUUUAUCAAGCUUAAUCUCCUGUUAUGCUUAUUUUGAUAGACGUUAAAGACAACAUAUCAGAUACCACAUCUGAGUCAUCUUCACUUGAUCUUGAUUUCUUUGCACCAAGUAUAAGCCAGCCUCAAGAGGGAAAGACAGGUACCUAAACUUAUUUUGAAAUUAUUCUAGAAGGAUGCCUACAGUUAUUUUUAAGAAUGGAAAGAAAAAGAUCAUAAAUCAGAAUCUGAAAAAAAAAAAAAUUCAGGACCUGCAACAAGAUGCUAUUAAUCAGGUUUCUUGAAAUUUCUUUUCUUUUGUUUGUGCAAGGAUUAUUUCUUCAUUUAAUUUCAUAAUGUCUUGUCUUGUACAUUUGAUUCAUUAUGCAUUUUUUCUUAUUAUUCAAUUUCUGCUGAAAAGUUUUUACCUCAUUCAUCGGGUCUUCACCAUGUUCCUGGGAAAUUGUUGAUCAAGAAGGAAAAAACGCUCCAAAUACCCCCAAUAUAGCCGCAACUUGUUUUAGAUCUCUUUAAAACCCAUGUUCAGUAGAUGGGUGUGUGGGGAAGGUGCCUGGUCAAACUGAGGGAGCUGCAAGUGAGCCUGGAAGGUAACCAUGACAACCCUGUGAGUGGCCUCUGCCAGGCGCUGUCACACUGAGAACCUCAGUGGAGAUUUUGGUUGAUACUUAUCAAGAUAUAUUCAGAGGGAAGGGAGGGCUGGAGGCAAGAACGUUAAAUUGACUGCACCCGAAGGCCAGACUGCUGUGUAUACUUGUUGUUUUUGGCUAGUUGGAGCUUCUUUCCCUGCUUUUGUUCAUUUUUUAGCGUCCAGAGGUCUCUAUGAAGAAGACUUAUUGGGGCUUAACAUUUCAUUAUCUUCAGUGGAUCAACAAAAGUUGGAUAGUCCAAAACCUCAGAAGACAUCUGACACUAAGAAAGUUUGGCAACGUGGAGGGGUAACGAUUCCACUUUCGUCACAGGAAAAACAAGCUCAACUGAGUGCUGCAGCCAAGAAUAUUUUAGAUCAGCUGGAAGAUUUAGCUUUCAUGAAUUCACCUGUACUGAUGUUUCCCCUAAAGCCUGAAUAAGUAACAAUGCUGUUGUGCAGCCAUUUAAUACAAUGAAAUCUCUAUGAAGAGGCCAUCCUAGUGGAAGGGAGUGGCGGCGUGCUUAAGGUUGCCUGCUUUUCUGAAAUUAUCAGUAAAUUGCUGUUGACAGCAAUUUACUAAUAAUUUUAUCCACUUGGACUCUGGUAACUGGCCGCGUAAAUAGAGGGUGCCCGCUUAUUAGGAGGUGGCUUAAUAGAAGUUUGAGUGUUCUUCAAAUAGAUACUUAGUGCCACGUUUGCCGAGAAGGUGCAUUUAACAAAAAAUAUUAUUUUCGUAGUUGUAAAUUGACACCUGUAUUUAGCAAGCACACAUGAUACCAUUACUGGAGGUUUCUGCUUAAUAUAGGUUCCUUCUACAAAAAAAAGGGCGAUAAACGAUUAGACUUAAUGGCCUUGGUGUCUGGUAAAUGUCUAGCUAGCAUGGGUUCCGCCUGGUGCAGGGUUCACUGUAUUCAUCUCAGUGGUGGAUCCUGGGUUACUCUUAGUCCUCCCACUCUUAAUGGUGGCCAAAGAAAGGAUUCUUUUCGUACAAUCCUUAGAAAUGAACAGUAUGCAAAAGUUGCGCCAUAGAGGUUUCAUUUGAAUGGUAACACCAUAGGAUUUGGUCCACAGACUCGAAAGUUAAAACUACAUACUAAAUGAAUAGCACCACGUGAAAGUACUACUGAAGAGGUUUCAUUUGAAUGGAAACAUCACAGGAUUUUGUCCACAGAUUCAAGAGUUAGAACUACAUAAUUAUUACUAAAGAAAUAGCACCAUGUGAAAGUAUUGCGAGAGCGGAUUCAUUUAAAUGGUAACAUCAUAGGAUUUUGUCCACAGAUGCAAACGUGCACGUGACAAAUCAUCUCAUCGUAGCUCAGUCUAAGUGUGAAGGGGUUAAUAGUUAACGGGAUGGGUUAUUAAUUAAGUAGUAGUAAGUGACAAAUUUUGUUCUGUCCAGUUCUAAAUAUGUUGUAGGAUGUGGGCAUUUCUGGUGGUGCCCACUUUUUUGUAAAGAAGUGAAAUUUCGCUUUCAUGUCUUUGCUGUUAUCAUUUUGAAGAUCUUUGAAGUCCGAGAGCAAAACCAUAUCUUCAGAAUAGACAAGUUCGUUUAAGCAGCUUGGGUACAAAGUGAUUGAAGUGUAUUAUAGUUCAUAAAAUUUUACUUCCCAACGGUUGAACACGAAAUCAAAGUUGGCAUUGUGGUGAACUUUUCAACAUUGACUGUAUCUUAAAUCAUUUUGGGACGAUUUUGUUCAUCAUGAAAACAUGAUAACGAUGUGGAAAAAACAAACUUUACUCAGUAACAUUUUUAUUAUUUUAUUAGCAUCAAAAUGCGGCUAAAAAGUUAUUAUUCUCAAAUAGUCUGGCCCCGGUUGUUCAAACGCUGGAUGACCCUAUCCACCCGAUAAAUCGCUGUCCAGCGGGUAGGUAUUAUGGAAACCAAUUGCACUGUCCAAUGGAUAGUGAUUUAUCCAUUGGAUAGCGCUAUCCACCCUUUUAACAACUGGGGCCUCCACAAAAAGUCAAAUCAUAUAUUAGUGUUUGUUCAUAGUUUUUGUUUUAUUAUCGAGAUACGUCGUAGCAUGUUGUGUAGACGCUGGAAGAGGUAUAACUUUGUAAUAUAUUCCACUUAAACCCAAAUUCGUAAACGUUUCUGUAAUAGUGUUUAGCGGAACCUUAUAGUUGUACAAAAAAUGUGCUUUUGUCAAUUUUUAAAUCUCGUGAUCAAUGCACAGUAUCUCCAUUCUUUUGGCCAUAUUCUUCCCAUAGCAAUUUAAGGGAGGAGGUGUCACCUUGUAACAGCGGCUAGGUCACACAAUCGAAGACUUUUUUUUAAAACCGUUGUUGGUACGAAAAUAAUCUGUUAGGACUGUACAUGCCUGGAUAGUGAAGAAAUACGAAGUUGUGUCGCAGUGGGGGUUCAUUGAUGGCACAAAUGGAAGAGAUUAAAAUUGUUGUCAGUCGGUAAACUCGGAAAACGUUGACUCAGAUUUUUUCGACUUUAUCUCAUUUUCUAAAACAAGUGUGUCAUUCAAAAUGCAUGGAAAUGUAGUGAAAAUGCAUCUCAGCAACGUGGCGGCGAUUUUGCAAAUACGCAUGAGUUGGUUGACAGUUUGAAGUGUUAAAUAGCUCGUAUUUAACAAACACCAAAAUUCAGUGACCUAGCCCUGUUUAACUGUGCGUCAUAGAAUGCCUUUGAUUCUCCUUACCAGGGGAUGUGCGUUUUUAAAAUCUCAUCUAGAUGUUAUCAACAGGAAUCAAUUUGAAACCCUGUAGCAGCUUAGAUCCUCCGUAAACACUUGUUUUCUUAAAUAUAUAAGGUAUUAAAAUUAUGUGAAAAGUGAUGCAAAUUUUCCAGUUGGUCUUGU